UAUUGAUGCAUUCCUGAUCUACAUCUACCUAUAAUACGUUGCUUCUCAUUCUCUUGCAUUCAUAAACCUAAAACACAACCAUGGCAUACAGAAGGCAAGCUUUGAUAAUAUUUUUGUUACUAUCCCUUUUCACAUUCUCCUCCGCACACCCCGACAACGGUGGAAUCGCCGUGUACUGGGGCCAAGAUAGUGGCGAAGGAGAUUUGACAACAACAUGCGACACUGGAAAGUACGCGGUUGUUGUCCUCUCUUUCCUCCACAACUUCGGUGCAGGCAGAACCCCAACUUUGAACCUCGCUGGCCACUGUGACAAUGGUGUCUCCAGAAGGUGCACUGAACUAGAAUCUGAAAUAAAACACUGUCAGGCCAAAGGCAUCAGAGUGCUUCUUUCCAUAGGAGGACCCAGCGACAAUUCAGACUACUCUCUCACCUCUGCUGAAGACGCAAAAAAUGUCGCCAACUACCUCCACACCAACUUCCUCAGCGCCCAGUACGGUCCUCUGGGUCGCGUCACCUUAAACGGCAUCAGCUUCGACAUCGAAAAAUCAGAGGAACACUGGGACAACCUUGCCAAGGAACUCGACACUCUUCGUCGCACAAAAGGCCAUUACUUUUUCCUAUCCGCAACCCCCCAGUGCCAAAUCCCCACCCCCUUUCUCGGUAAAGCCAUUGCAACGAAUCUCUUCGAAUACAUCUUCGUCCAGUUCCGCAACAACCCUCUUUGCACCUAUUCCAAUGGCGACGUGAAGCCAGUGUUGGACACGUGGGACAAGUGGGUGGACUCGGUCCUCCCCAACAACUCGCUCUUCCUGGGCCUCCCCGCGCGUGCCGGAAGCGGCUACAUUCCGCCGCACGUGCUGAACAGUCACGUGCUGCCGCAUGCGAAGAAAGCAUCAAACUACGAAGGGGUGGCGUUGUGGGACAGACAAAGUGAUCGUCAAAGCGAUUACAGUGGGAACGUGCUGUCCCAUGUGCUGAAAUCGCCGUUACUAUCUGUGACAUCCGUUACGGAUGCGAUCUACGAGUGUGUCUCCAAGGCGUUGCAUGGUGCGUUACCCUAUGUUGGUAGCUAGAUGGGAUUGGAGCCAUGGGUUCACAAGUGGUGUUGGGUUCCUAAGUAGCACUCUUGGCAAUGUAUGUAAUCAAUAAGUCACUUGUCACCUAUGGUUUCUCUUAUGUUGUGUGCACGUGUGUGCUUCUUUCAUCCCAUGUCAUGGAUCUUGCUUGAAUAAAGCCUCUUUUGUUUUCGAGUGA